AUGCAGAGCGAAAAUUUUAAAAAGGAAACAAAUGUAUUACGGAGUAUCACUCAAGCGAGUGAUGCUAUUCGUCGUAAACAUAAAAUGAUGAAAUUGGGUAGAGAGACCACUGAAAGAACUAUGAGUGAAGUACUCAAACCAGUAAUAACACCUCUCGAGAAAUUAGUGGAUCAAUCGGUAACGAAGGAAUCUCUAAAUAAAAAGAGGAAAAAAGGCAAAACCGCUGAUACUUCUAUUCUAAAAUCGGAAGAUACGGAUGAUGAUGAUGAGGAUAAUUCAUCCCAAUAUCAAUCCGUAGAUGAUUUUCCAUUUGAUCCAAAAACACCAUCUACGAGUACGCCUAUGAAAAAAAUAACCCCAAUAAAGACCAUGACUCCAGCUGAUCGUAUUCCAUCCACUAAGUCAGAAUCUCCUGUAGCCACACAGAAUCUGCUUCGAAUGUAUCUGGAUCGAUAUGAUACAGAGCAUGGAAAGAAGGACUUUGAUAAAGAAUUCGGUGUACGUAUGUUGAAGCACGAUAUGAAAAUCGGUGAUUCUGUGGUCAAUUUCCAUGGGAAUUCAAUGACUCUUAAAGGUCAAGAAUAUACAUUAACCCCUGGUCUAAUUGAAUUGAUCUUUAAAAAGUCACCCAACAUGACUCUCAUAACCGAAACUGAUAAGCAUACCUAUGGUGACAUAAUACGGAGUACAAAUGCCGAUCGCAUGUUUUACAAAUCUGGUGGACCUUUAAGAACAAGUAGCACAUUGAAAUAUAAAAACAUUAUUACAAACCUCAUCGAUACCAAAACUGGACGAGCACUUCCUCGUCAUAUGAUCGCAUCAAAGAAACCUAGAAAAAUGGAUUACGUAUAUUGGGAUGAUCCCAAUGAACUUGUGGAUAGAUUGCGACUGCUCAUGGCGUCCCAAUCAGCUGGGAAUAUGAGUCAUACCAAUGAAAUUAUGUCAAUAUUGGAGGAAUUACGGGAGGCUAGGAUUAUUUAUUAG